AUGACGGGGAAAAGGGUUGGAAAGAACCGGAAGGCAGUGGCGGUGCAGAGCUGCUUAGAAUAUGGAUGUAGUGAGGGUUUGCUAGGAGAGGCUAUGGGCCCCGCGGAAGAGUGCGACGACGCGCCGCCAGAGGCGCUGGAGGAAGGCGAGCUGCGCGGCCCCAUGGACGGCUACCCUCGCGUCAGCGACUGCCUCGCGCGCCCCCUGGCGCAGCGCCUCAUGCAAGGACUGCAGGCGCGCGGCGGCGACGUCAUCCAGGUGUACCCGCGCGAGGGCGUGAGCUGGACGGCGCGACAGGUGCUGCAACGGGGCCUGCAGCUGGCGGCCGGGAUGCAGAUGCUGGGCGUGAAACCCGGGGACCGCGUCACCAUGGUGUGCGGCCGCCACCCGGAGUACGGACCGCUCUACUUCGCCACGUUGGCGGUGGGUGCUGCCUGGGCGCCGCUCAACCACACCUUCGACGACGGUUGUUUUUGGCGCAAUGGCACUGGCAGAGCAAGAGGAUAUGAAGGUCAUUUGUGGCGAAGUAGUGCUGGAGGGAAAGGAAGAAGUAGUGCUGGAGGCGACCUGCGGCUGCUGCUGGGCAUCCUGGAGCCGCGCGUGGUGCUGGCGGAGCGGGAGGUGGCCGACCGCCUUCGCCCGCUGCUGGCCGAGCUGCAGAGCCCCAGCACCUUGGCCGUGCUGUGCGAGGGCGAGGAGUGGGCGGCGCUGGCCACCGACGCCGCUCCCGACACCUGGCCGCCGCUGCCGCCGCCUCCCGCAGACCCGCGCGGCGCCAUCGCCGUGGUCGCCUGCUCCUCCGGGACGUCGGGGCUGCCCAAGGCCUGCGCCACCUCGCACUUCGCCAUCAUCGCCGCGCUCUCCGUCUUCUCGCGGCAUGACGCCGUGGAGGGCAUCAUAGACACCAUGGUGCUGACGUCACCUGGCUUCUGGGUGACCGGCAUCUGGUUCACGCUGCUCAGUAUGCUGGACCGCUCAACGCUAGUGUACGUGUUUGGAUGCGACGAGCAUCAGUUCCUCCACGCAAUCGAGAAACAUAAGCCUCCGGUGAUCUUCACGGCCAACAACUUCCUGCUGUCGGUGGCGAAGGUGCACGAGGCGUCGGAGCCCCGCAGGGAUCUGAGCAGCCUCCGCUCCAUUGUGACCGGUGGAGCCGCCAUGAGCCGACAGGCCGAGGAGUUUGCGGGCUCAAUCAUGGGGGCGCAGGUGUUCAACAUGUACGGCAUGACGGAGCUGAACGGGGGCAUCGGCAUGACGAAGCGGUCGCAGUACAAGCCGGGGUCGGUGGGCACGCUGAGCGCGCUGCUGCGCUGCCGCGUGGUGGACGCGGCCACGGGGCGCGUGUGCGGGCCCAACGAGGAGGGCGAGCUGCGGUUCAAGGGCCCCAUGCUCGCCCAGGGCUACCUCAAGAACCCGCAGGCCAGCGCAGAGCUGUUCGACGCCACGGGAUGGCUGCGCACGGGCGACCUGGGGCACUACGACGAAGACGGGUUCUUCUACAUCACAGGACGCAUCAAGGACACCAUCAAGUACCGUGGCGCGCAUGUGUCGCCGGUGGACAUCGAGGGCAUCCUGGAGGGCCACCCGGCCGUGCAGCAGAGCGCCGUGGUGGGCGUGCCCGACCCGUUAGAGCAGGAGCUGCCCAGGGCGUACGUCGUCCUGCGACCAGGAGCCGAGGUCGCCGAGGAAGAGCUCUGCCAGUUCGUGCAAGAGCGCGUGGCGCCGCACAAGUGGCUGCGAGGGGGCGUGGUGUUCCUCAAGGAGUUGCCCAAGACCACCACUGGCAAGAUCAGCCGCGCCGCCAUCCGCAAGCAGUUCGUCCUGCAGCAAUCGGGAGAGGCUAUGGGCCCCGCGGAAGAGUGCGAUGACGCGCCGCCAGAGGCGCUGGAGGACGGCGAGCUGCGCGGCCCCAUGGACGGCUACCCUCGCGUCAGCGACUGCCUCGCGCGCCCCCUGGCGCAGCGCCUCAUGGAAGGACUGCAGGCGCGCGGCGACGACGUCAUCCAGGUGUACCCGCGCGAGGGCGUGAGCUGGACGGCGCGGCAGGUGCUGCAACGGGGCCUGCAGCUGGCGGCCGGGAUGCAGAUGCUGGGCGUGAAGCCCGGGGACUACGUCACCCUGGUCGGCGGCCGCCACCCGGAGUACGGACCGCUCUUGAUCGCCACGCUGGUGGCGGGCGCCGCCUGGGCGCCGCUCAACCACACCUUCGACGACGGCGACCUGCGGCUGCUGCUGGGCAUCCUGGAGCCGCGCUUGGUGCUGGCGGAGCGGGAGGUGGCCGACCGCCUUCGCCCGCUGCUGGCCGAGCUGCAGAGCCCCAGCACCUUGGCCGUGCUGUGCGAGGGCGAGGAGUGGGCGGCGCUGGCCACCGACGCCGCUCCCGACACCUGGCCGCCGUUGCCGCCGCCUCCCGCAGACCCGCGCAGCGCCAUCGCCGUGGUCGCCUGCUCCUCCGGGACGUCGGGGCUGCCCAAGGCCUGCCACUCGUCACAUUUCGCUGUGUUCGGAGCGCUGUCCAUCUUCACGCGGGACGAGACGUUGGAUGGCAUCAGCGACACCAUGGUUUUGACGUCACCCGGCUUUUGGGUGACGGGAAUCUGGUUCACGCUGCUCACAAUGGUGCACCGCACCAGGCUAGUGUAUGAGUAUGGUUGCGACGAGCACCAAUUCCUUGAGGCCAUCGAGACGAACCGGCCUCCGGUGAUCUUCACGGCCAACAACUUCCUGCUGUCGGUGGCGAAGGUGCACGAGGCUUCGAAGCCCCGCAGGGACCUGAGCAGCCUCCACUCCAUGCUGACCGGAGGAGCCGCCAUGAGCCGACAGGCCGAGGAGUUCGUGGGCUCAAUCAUGGGGGCGGAGGUGUUCAACAUGUACGGCAUGACGGAGCUGAACGGGGGCAUCGGCAUGACGAAGCGGUCGCAGUACAAGCCGGGGUCGGUGGGCACGCUGAGCGCGCUGCUGCGCUGCCGCGUGGUGGACGCGGCCACGGAGCGCGUGUGCGGGCCCAACGAGGAGGGCGAGCUGCGGUUCAAGGGCCCCAUGCUCGCCCAGGGCUACCUCAAGAACCCGCAGGCCAGCGCAGAGCUGUUCGACGCCACGGGAUGGCUGCGCACGGGCGACCUGGGGCACUACGACGAAGACGGGUUCUUCUACAUCACAGGACGCAUCAAGGACACGCUAAAAUACCGAGGCGUGCACGAGCACCCGGCCGUGCACGAGAGCGCCGUGGUGGGCGUGCCCGACCCCGUGGAGCAGGAGCUGCCCAGGGCGUACGUCGUCCUGCGCCCCGGCGCCUCGGCCACCGAGGAGGAGCUCUGCCGCUUCGUGCAAGCGUCGCAAGGCAGCGUGCGGAGUGAAGUGAAAUGGAUGUGGAUGUGUUUAGAGCGCGUGGCGCCGCACAAGUGGCUGCGAGGGGGCGUGGUGUUCCUCAAGGAACUGCCCAAGACCACCACUGGCAAGAUCAGCCGCGCCGCCAUCCGCAAGCAGUUCGUCCUGCAGCAGUCAUGA